AUGGGUGACCCGAGGCUGGGCCGCCGGGACAGUUUGACUUCCCGGCCGCGGUCGCAGGGUCUGCCGCCGGUCAUCAAUUCGCCCGGGGUCCGGGUCGGCGGCAGGGAGGAUGCACUCGACGAGACAUUCCACUCCUUCAACAAAAGUUUCGGCCGGAGCAGCGCGUUUCGCGGCAGUCUCCGCUCAUCUAUCCGCGCGUCUCGCUCGUCGCUCGAGGCGGGGCGGCCCGACAGCGCCCCGUUCGAGCUCGAUGACCAGACGUGGGCGCUCAAACGCAAAAAGAUCGGCCUCUCGCGCCGCACGGACCGCACGCUGGUCAAACUCACCGAGGAGGAGCAGCUACGGCAGAUUCGGCUCAGCUUCAUCGGUAACAACUUCCACCGAAAGGAGUGUGUGCUGUACCAGCCGCGGGCGGAUAACAGCGGUAGGUGCCAGUGCGGCGCGGCGCCUGCGGAGCACAAGAAUGGCGCACAGGCUUCGAUUGCCGAGGAGGAGUGGUCGGCAACGAACGCCAUCCAGGAGUUCAAGACGAAUGCCUUUGGGCAGGUCGAGUUUGUCAACGAGGACACGGGCUCGAGCAAGCCGAGCAAGUACCUUCGACUGUCGGACACGACGCCGAUCUCUCAGGUGCUGACGCUUCUGGUGGACCACUGGCAGCUCUGCCACCCCCACCGGCCCAGCCUGGUUAUAUCGAUACUCGGCGGCGCGAAAAACUUCCGGCUGGACGGGCGGAAGAAGCAGAUCUUCAACGAGGGCCUCCUGAAGGCCGCCAGAUCGACCCACGCCUGGCUGAUAACUGGAGGCUUCAACAUGGGCUACAUGAAGGUUAUUGGUGACACCAUCAACCAGGGACAAUAUCUCAUCACGGGCGAAGGCGGUAAAAUGACGCGAGGUAUUCGCUGUUUGGCCAUCUGCUCCUGGGGCUACAUUCGCAACAAAGAGCUGCUGAUCAACAAGGACUCCAAGGGGUUUAACCACGCCUCAUACAAGACAUCCACGAUAGUUCGCCCGCACGAGCCGGUGUCCCUGAACGGUGACCACACGCACUUUCUGUUGGUGGACAACGGGAUGCGGGGAACCCCCACUGGGGCGGCCGAACUCAGGGCCAAGCUGGAGGAGCGGAUUGCCGACCCGGGUGUGGGCGGCCUGGGCAUCCCCGUGAUCCUGCUGAUCCUGGAGGGCGGCCUGGGCGUGAUCGUGGACGUGCUACACUCUCUGCGCCGCGGCAUCCCCGUGGUGGUCAUCCGAGGCACCGGCCGGGCGGCUGACAUCAUCGCCUUCGCACAGUGCGAGGUCGCCAAACGCAGCCGUCAGCAGCCACAGUUCCGCUCAGCCACAAGAAAGCGGCUCAAGCAAAUGCUUGAAGAGGCCUACAAUAAAAGUCACCGGGGAACUCAGGAGGAGCUGCACUCGUACGUCGAUAAGCUAGAAGAAUGCAUGGAGUUCGUGGAUCUUAUCAACGUCUUUGAUCUCAACAGCGAACAGGAACUUGACGCAGUCAUUCUCAACGCUCUCAUGAAAGAGUCUGGCAUCACUGAGGACAGCCUGCUGCCGAUGGAGCCGCUCCAGCUGGCGCUGAUGUGGGACCGGCUGGACAUGGCCGAGAAAAUAUUCAGCGGUCGCCACGACUGGCCUCCCGGCUGUCUCGAUGACAUGCUGACAGAGACUCUGCUCAGCAACAAAGUGGACUUUUUCAAUCUGCUCGUGCUCAACGUUGUCUUCCUGAAGGACUACCUGAACGUCCGGCGUCUGCGGCUGCUUUACAACCUAGCGAGCUCGGCUCGUUCCUCUCUGCGCCGUGCCAUGGAGCGUCUGGGUAUGGCCACCGAUUCGACCACCAUCCACCUGCGUCACGUGGACCGUCUGCUGACACACAUCCUGCGCCGUCACGAAAUGGAGCUGUACGACCGGGAUGAUCCGCGGCCCACGCACCGCGACCCCAAGCUGGACGAAAUGCAGUUCCAGGAGCCGUGGGACGAGCUGUUCCUGUGGGCGGUGCUCAACUGUCGCCAGCUGCUCGCGCGACACGUCUGGACCCGUACCUCGUCGCCAGUGACGUUUGCCGUCAUCGCCACUGCCAUCUACCGGCACUACUACGACUCCACCAGCAGCGACAACAACCACAUGAGGGACAUGUUCGAGGCCCACUUCGUCGAGUUCAAGAAACUCUCAGUCGAGCUGAUCCACGUGUGCUACGAGCGGAACAGUCUGCAGGCGGUCUCUCUGGCCGAGCGGCGUCAGGAGAGGCUGGGCGACAUGAGCGUGACGCUCCUGGCCAUGUUCGCCGACAACCGCGCCUUCCUGGCCACCCCCUGCUCGUACGAGUCCAUCACCCAGACCUGGAUGGGUGCCAUCCGAAAGGCGUCCUCGUCGGUCAUCUGCCUGGCUAUCUUCUGUCCGCUGCUGGUGUGGACGCGAGCGGUGCGCUUCCUGCCCCUGGGAGACAGCGGUGGCGAGCUGGGACCGUUCCAGAAGCUCCUGGCCUUCUACAAGGCGCCGUUCACCAAGCUGAUCGGAAAUGCGAUCAGCUACGCGGCGUUCUUGGUGCUCUACACCUACAUGAUCCUGUUCGACUUUCGGUUCGAGAUGCAGCUCACGGAGAAGAUAGUCAUCUUCUGGAUUUUCACCAUGUGCCUCGAUGUUCUCAGACAGAUUACAACCUACCCGUCCGAGACGCUGCAGGGCAAGCUGGCGGACUGGAUCGCCUCCAUCUGGAACAAGUUCGACUUCCUGACCUUACUGCUGGCGCUGCUGGCCUUCUGUCUGCGCAUGUUCACCAUCACCUUCCCCUACGGCAGGAUCGCAUACAGCCUCAACACGUGCAUCCUCUACAUCCGCGCAUUCCGCUUCUACCACAUCGUGUUCAAGCUGGGACCCAAGCUCGUCAUUCUCUACAGAAUGAUCGACGAGGUGUUCAACUUUAUGCUGCUGCUGGUGGUGUUUAUCCUGGGCUACGGCGUGGCGGCGCAGGCUCUGCUGUACCCGGUGCGGCCGUUCUACCUGUACGUCUUCAAGGACAUCUUCAUGGUGCCCUACUGGCAGAUGUACGGAGAGCUACAGCUGGAGACCACGGAGGCGCCCGAGUCGGAGGUGUGCUACGACUCGUCGAACUCCGGUCAGAUCUGCGAGGACAUUACCCACUACGCCCAGGUGGUGCCGCCCAUGUUGGCCAUCUUCCUGCUCAUCGGCAACGUGAUGCUGCUCAACCUGCUCAUCGCCGUCUUCACUAACGUGUUUGAGAAGGUUCGCGAGAACAGCACCGAGAUCUGGAAGUACGAGAUGUUCCGACUGGUGAAGGAGUACGAGGAGAAGCCCGGCCUGGCGCCGCCGCUCAUCAUCCUCGAGCUCAUCUGGGUGGCCGCCAAAAAGACCUGGAAAGUCUGCUGCCGACGGAGAAAGGAAAACCUUAAGCUGUACCUGCAACGUCACCUGGCCAACCUGGCUGUGUUCGAGCGGGAGUGCAUGGCGUAUUUCCUACAACGGGAGAAGGAAGCCAGGUCGAACCAGACGGACGAAAAGCUCGCGAGAAUUGAGGAACGACUGGCCGCCAUGGCUAUGCAGGGCGAAAAUGAUCUUGAACGCGUGGAGGACAUACUCAUGGCAGUGGAAAGAAGCCACGGAGGGAACCGGCCCCACAGUCGAGUCACUCUGGCGGUGCCCUCCGACUCCGACUCCGACUCCGAGUCGCUCCAGGCCACGACGAGGGGCGGGGCAGUGCCAUCCCUCCGUCUGCCGUCUGCGCAUGCGCGAAUCGGUCACCUUGAGCGGCGACUGGCGAAUCUGACUGAUGAGUUCAGUAGUCAGAGAGUGGACACGGAGCGACUGCUACAGCGGGUGCUGGAGCGGCUGCCGCCCCCGGCCACCGCACAGGGGCUCAACGGAGCCCCAGCCGCAGCACAGCAGGGGCUCAACGGAGCCCCAGCCGCCGCGCAGCACGGUUCUAACGGGUUCGCAGUAGGCCUCGCGACGCCAGACCGCUCCCGAAGCAGAGCGUUUAGUAGGGAGAAUGGCGGUGAGGAAAACGGGUAGAGGAUCGGAGCGGAGAGAGAAGUGGAGCGGAGAGAGGAGUUGUGUGGUAGCCUGGUGUGCCUGCCUGUCAAGUUAGGAGUGCUGACCGAACUACAUAUGUUAGUGCAUUUGUACCGGUGAUAUUUGGUGAUAAGUGUUAUGCUGUUGACUGUCACUGUGCGAUGCCAGCGACGUUGGAAGACGCAUGCAAACGGAAGUUACCUUGAAAUAGCAUUACGCUGUGUAAUGUAUGUAAGUACAUCGUGCAAUAGCUGGAUCUUGCCUUUCGGACACCCUUUUCGAUCAGUUAUAUUUUUAUACAUGUUGUUUGAGGUGAUAUUUGUAUUUAUUUAUUCGUUUACUUAUUUAUUAGUGCCCUUUUAUGUUGCGAACGAUGAGUUGAAUCAGAAAUACACAUAUUCAGUUCAGUCCAAA